GUAAAGCUACUCACUGGCUUCUCCCAUCUUUUCUCCAAGUGCACAGUGACUUGUGGCCGAGGGCUGCGUUACCGGGUGGUUCUGUGUAUCAACCAUCGUGGGCAGCACGUCGGGGGCUGCAACCCACAGAUGAAGCUGCACAUCAAGGAGGAGUGUGUCAUCCCCAUCCCAUGCUAUAAGCCUAAAGAAAAAAGUCCAGUGGAAGCGAAAUUACCUUGGCUGAAACAAGCCCAAGAGCUAGAAGAGACCAGAAUAGCCACAGAAGAACCAAAGUUCAUCCCAGAACCCUGGUCAGCCUGCAGCACCACGUGUGGGCCUGGCAUUCAGGUGCGUGAGGUGAGAUGUCGGGUGCUCCUCACAUUUACACAGACGGAGACAGAGCUCCCUGAGGAAGAGUGUGAAGGCCCCAAGCUGCCCACUGAGCGACCCUGCCUCCUUGAAGCCUGUGACCAGAGUCCUGUGUCUCCAGAGCUGGGUGGCCCUCUCCAGGAAAAAGACAGUGAGAUGAUUUACGACUGGGAGUAUGCUGGCUUUACGCCCUGCACUGCAACAUGUUUGGGAGGCCAUCAAGAAGCCAUUGCUGUGUGCUUACACAUCCAGACCCAGCAGACCGUCAAUGACAGCCUCUGUGACAUGGUUCACCGUCCUCCAGCAAUGAGCCAGGCCUGUAACACGGAACCCUGCCCACCCAGAUGGCAUGUGGGCUCUUGGGGACCCUGCUCAGCUACCUGUGGUGUUGGAAUCCAGACCCGAGAUGUAUACUGCCUACAUCCUGAGGACUCUCCAGCCCCUCUGGAGGAAUGCAGAGAUGACAAGCCUCAUGCCUUACAAGCAUGCAAUCAGUUUGAUUGCCCUCCUAGCUGGCAUAUUGAAGAGUGGCAGCAGUGUUCCAGGACAUGUGGUGGGGGAACUCAGAACCGGAGAGUCACCUGUCGACAGCUGCUAACAGAUGGAAGCUUUUUGAAUUUGUCAGAUGAGUUGUGCCAAGGACCCAAGGCAUCAUCUCAUAAGUCCUGUGCCAGGACAGACUGCCCUCCACAGCUGACUGCUGGAGACUGGUCAAAGUGUUCUGUCACCUGUGGUGUUGGAUUCCAGAGAAGAAAGCAGGUGUGUCAAAGGCUGACUGCCAAAGGCCGGCGUGUGCCCCUCAGUGAGACUCAGUGCAGGGGCCUUCCCGGGCUCCCCCUCAUGAGACCUUGCCAGAUGCCUGUGUGCAGCAAAGUGAAACUUGGGACAAAGACACGACUUGGAGAGCGGGGUCCCCAGAUUCUCGGUGUCCGGAGAGUCUAUAUUCAGACGAGGGAGGAGAAACGGAUCAACCUGACCAUCGGCAGUAGAGCCUACUUGCUGCUCAAUACAUCUGUGAUCAUUAAAUGCCCUGUAAGACGCUUCCAGAAAUCUCUGAUCCAGUGGGAGAAGGAUGGCCAUUGUCUGCAGAACUCCAAGCAGCUUGGCAUCACCAAGUCGGGCUCACUGAAGAUCCACAGUCUUGCAGCCCCUGACAUUGGCGUGUACAGGUGUAUUGCAGGCUCUGCACAGGAAACGGUUGUCCUCAAGCUCAUUGGGACUGACAACAGACUCAUUGCUCACCCAUCCCUCAGAGAGCACCUGCGGGCCCACUCUGGGGUGGAGCACAAUGAAGCCAAUAGUUUGGGAGCCACAUGGCAUAAAAUGCGUCAGAUGUGGAAUAACCAAAAUGAGCUUUACUUGCACGAUGGUGAAAUCAACAACCAGCCUUUCUUGAGAGCUCUGUUAGGGCCAUGCAGGAGCUCUGCAGGAAACACCAACUCCUGGGAGUUUAAGAACAAGCAGUUUGAGGCUGCCAUGAAACAGGGAGCAUACAGCAUGGACACAGCCCAAUUUGAUGAGCUUAUAAGAAACAUGAGCCAGCUUAUGGAGACAGGAGAGGCCAGCGAUGACCUUGCAUCUCAGAUGAUAUAUCAGCUGGUAGCUGAGUUGGCCAAGGCUCAGCCGAUGCCUGUCCAGCGGAGGGGCAUGCAUGAGGAGGCUGCUCCCAUGGCUCAGCUCAGAGGGGAGACAGGUAGAGCUCCCCAAAGCCCCACAGUAAAAACUUCAGGCAAGCUGACUUUUAAGCCAAAAGGACCUGUUCUCAUGCGACAAACCAUACCCCCUUCAGUUUCAUUUAACAAAACAAUAAAUGCAAGGAUUGGGAAUACAGUAUACAUAACAAAAAGCACAGAGGCCAUCAAUAUACUCUGCAAUCUUAUUAAUCCCAGCAGUGAGGCCACUUACACAUGGACCAAAGAUGGAGCAUUGCUGCAGCCCUCCAUGAAGAUCAUUUUGGAUGAAACUGGGAAGAUGCAGAUAAAAAAUCCUACAAGGAAAGAGCAAGGGAUAUAUGAAUGUUCCAUAGCUGAUCAUCUUGGUUCAGAUGUAGAAAGCUCAUUGGUGUUAUAUGCAGAGGCACCUGUCAUCUUGUCUAUUGAAAGAAAUGUCACCAAACCAGAACACAGCCAUCUGUCUGUUGUGGUGGGAGGCACUGUGGAGGCAGCCCUUCAGGCAAAUGUGAUAAUCCACUGUCCUGUAAAAG